CUUUUGUAAACGUUGUAGGGUAACAGUUUAUGGGUCUUCAAGAUGUAAAUGAUUAAAUAUUGCCAGGUCUAAAUCAUUGAUUGACCCUUAAACCAGAUCUCAUUGAAGAUGUGAGGCACCUGAUUGCAUUUAAGGGUAGGCCUAAUAAUCCCAACAGAUGUUCUGUGAUUUUACCUGGCUUUAUGAAAUCAGUAAAACUCACGUUUGUGUGACAUUUUUCAACACCUGAUGAUGCUUUGUGAAGUUGUGUUCCCCAUCUAUUUAUAAUCUAAAUGUAUUAGCCUAUACCAAUAAUCAGUCUCAUCAUCAAUUAUGACAUGAACACAAUACUAACAUAAAUAGAAAUCCACAGACAUUAUAGAUAACGCUUGAUAUUUCAAAAUAUAUAAUCAUACAGGCACAACUAUUGAUAUCAUAAUUGUUAGGCUACAUGGUUUCAUGUAACCUAACUACAUUCAUUGGCUACUGUUGCGUAUAGCUAGUUUCAGUUUACAGUGAUUGGUUAACUUUCAGGAACAAUUUGACAACCCCGCCUUUGCUCUGCCCAUGUUUUGCCAAGUGUGCUGCCAGGGCUUGGUAGGGACACGGCUAUCUGGGUUAAACUUCGCAGCAGGGUCAACGGAGGACAGGAGCAUGCCAAAUAUAUUAUGUUUAUUAUCAGCGAGAAAUUUAAAGAGACAUCCUUAAACACAUCCUGCACAAUGGCCGACAGCGGGAAGACUGUGCCCAGUACAGCUACAGCGCAGCCAACUAAUGGAGACCUGCAGAGUGUUGUGUCCCGCGUGGGCAGCAUACCCCUGGUGAGCUCUGCGUGUGGUGUAGUGUCCAACGCCUACAGCAGCACUAAGGACAGCGUGCCCCUGCUGAAGGGGGUCAUGGAGGUUGUCGAGAGCGGGGUGCGCACUCUUGGGGCAGCCGCCACAACCGGCUCCAAGCCACUCCUGGACAGACUGGAGCCACAGAUUUCUGUGGUGAAUCAUUAUGCUAUGAUGGGACUGGACAAGGUGGAAAAACUGCAAAUCCUCCAGCAGCCAGCUGAUAAGCUAGUUUCAGAUACAAUAGGCAUGAUGUACCAGUCGAUGAGUGGGACAAAGGAGGCUAUGACUGGGGCUGUAACCGGGGCCAAAGAAACCAUUACUGGGGCUGUAAUGUCGGCAGUGUUCGGGGGUGUGGAGAUGACCCAAGCAGCAGCCAGUGGAUUGUUCAGCUCAUUCAUGGUGACCGGUGUGGGCCAGAUGGUCAGCAGUGGGGUGGGCCUGGCCCUCAGCCACUCUGAGAACUGGGUGGACCAUAACCUGCCUCUCAGCGACAGAGAGCUGGCUGCUUUGGCGGAGCCUGCAACAGGUGAGGUGACUACUGCACCAGUUUUGGGCUCUAGCUACUUUGUCCGUCUGGGAAAGCUGUCCUCCAAGGUGCAGGAGCGGGCCCUGGAGCAGUCCCUGGUAAGAGCCCGGCACGCCAGAGAUGCCACAUACGCAACUUUGACACAGAUCACCAGCACCCUGGACCUGCUGGAGAAAGCCCGCUCCACCCUGGCCACUGCCAACCACCAGCUGGGAGGGGCACCAGAGCAGCUGCUGCAGCGCUGGAAGGAGUGGCAGGAGAAACAGCCUAAAGAUGGAGGGGUAGAGAUGGGGGAGGUGGAUGUUCCCAAAGACCAGACUGAGCAGUUGGAGUGGCGAACCCUCUCGAUGGUGCGUGGUCUCAGUGACCAGUUGCGGUCUGCAUGCUCUGGGGUGGUGUCCAGCGCCCAGGGCUUACCCGGUGCUGUCCAGGACCAGCUGGCAAACGCACGGAAAGCGGCUGAAGAACUGCACUCCUCCCUGGGCAACACUAGCACCCUCACACCCCCCCUCCUGGAGCAGACCCGUCACCAUCUAACACAGGUGCGACAUUCUCUGGAUGGUGUCGUAGAGUAUCUGCUCAAUAACACUCCUCUCAACUGGCUGGUGGGACCCUUUGCACCCCAGAUCACAGAGAAGGGGGAGGGCGGGCGGGCUGGCUGCGAAUAAGAGGGCCUCUCAGAACUAGGAUUAGAGGAGGACCGAGAGGUUGUAGAUUACUCCAAAAAGGCUUGUGCUUUUCAUCUCCGAGGCCUGGCAUGCCUGCAUCUUUUUGUACAGUGCAGUAAAUGUGCUUUCUAAGAACUUACUGCCCAGAACUUAUAAGCUAUGCUAAUUUUUAUUUAUUUUAAAAAAAAUUAAACUUUAUUUAACUAGGCAAGUCAGUUUAGAACAAUUUCUUAUUUAUAAUGACGGCCUAGGAACAGUGGGUUAACUGCCUUGUUCAGGGGCAGAACAACAGAUUUUUUUUUUUUUUUUUUUUACUUUGUCUGCUCAGGGAUUCGAUCUAGCAACCUUUCAGGUACUGGCCCAACGCUCUAAGCACUAGGCUACCUGAUGGUAACAUAUGGAAAUCACAAUACUGUGUUAUAAGGGGAAUCUACAACAUAAAACUGCCAUAAUUGUCGUCUAGAUCACACUCCAAUCUGUGAAUGUUGAGAAACGAUUUAAAAACAGUAAUUUUGUUUCUGUAACUGUAUAAAAUGCAGUCUAAACCUCACAUGCAACUGAUCUUUAUUCUUCUGAAAUGUACAAAUUGGUGUGUGACAUUUGUCUGUCCUCUCUGCUGUAUGUGUAAGCUCCAGCAGGGUCUUGCUGAGUACUGAUACAGUAGGCUAAAUAAAGUCGUUUUGGCUGUC